ACUCGUUCAAACACAAACCCUAGAUUCAGUUAGCUUCUAUAAAUACCACACUAAACCCUAAUCAUCCUUCACUCUGCAGACGAAAAUGUCGAAGCGAGGGCGUGGAGGAUCGGCGGGAAACAAGUUUCGCAUGUCACUGGGUUUACCAGUGGCGGCGACGGUGAACUGUGCCGAUAACACAGGUGCGAAGAACCUCUACAUCAUAUCCGUGAAGGGAAUCAAGGGAAGACUCAACCGGUUGCCUUCAGCAUGUGUCGGAGAUAUGGUUAUGGCCACAGUGAAGAAAGGUAAACCAGAUCUGCGUAAGAAGGUCAUGCCUGCUGUUAUCGUGAGGCAGCGCAAGCCGUGGCGCCGAAAGGAUGGUGUCUACAUGUACUUUGAAGAUAACGCUGGUGUCAUCGUGAAUCCAAAGGGAGAAAUGAAAGGAUCCGCCAUUACUGGUCCAAUUGGGAAGGAGUGUGCUGAUCUGUGGCCAAGGAUUGCAAGCGCAGCCAAUGCCAUUGUCUAAGUUCUACAAGCUUUAAAUGCUGCCAAUGCCAUUGUCUAAGAGCUACAAGCUUUAAAUCAUGAUUUAGAGAGAGAUGUAAAAACUACUUUAAAUUUGUCGGAUGUUGAUUGAUUUUAUGGUCAUGACUGGACAAAAAAUUAUAUUCUAUAUUUGCAGUUUUUGUGAGGUUGGAUUAUUUUGCUA